AGGCCUGCCGCCUCGCGCUUAACAAUACUAACAGACAAAACACCGUGCACACAAGAACUCCUCCAUCUGCUCACUUCAUUUCACCCCUGUCAGUUGUCGCUCAUCACUUUUACAAGGAAUCUCGCCGAGUCGCCACUAUCAGCGCGCCUGUUGCCAUGUGCUUCCCAUCGUGCUGCUCAAGCACGUGCUGCAAGGUCAUCUACUACAUCUGCUUAGCGAUCGUGUUCAUCUACCUCAUUCUUUGCGUGCUGCUGAUCCCCCAAUACAGAUAUGUGGCACUCAUGGUGAUCGCAGUUGUCGUUCUCUACGCGACCUCAGCGUGGCGGCUGUUGCCAUCGGAGCGCAGCGUUGUGCGUGAAAGAGCAGAGGUGCUCGCGCGCCAACAAUGCCCACCACCGGCGGAAGCGGUGACCUAUCCUCAUUGUCCUACAUCUUCCACGACUCCCGCUGUGCGUUUUCACGAGCCUUUUACAUCCGAGGUCAGGGCUCCGUAG